GGGGGCACGCGUCUUGCCUUGCCUUAGAUUCGACUCUGCACAGGAUCCUAUAAGCCACUCAUACCUCCUUUCUUCCGUUCUUGACCUUGAUUCCUCUACACGACCAAAUUUAAUACAUUUGCAUUGAAAUACAAUGUUGAUCAAAGUCAAGACACUUACUGGCAAGGAGAUCGAACUCGAUAUCGACCCAGAUGACAAGGUCACCCGUAUAAAGGAGAAGGUAGAAGAGCAAUCCGGUGUGCCACCACCGCAACAACGAUUGAUCUUUAGCGGUCGACAAAUGGCUGAUGACAAGGCUAUCAAGGACUUUAACAUCCAAGCUGGGGCCGUACUGCAUCUUGUCCUUGCGCUUCGUGGAGGAUGCUAGUAGCAAACGGGGUCUACUGUAUCCGGGACUAGACAUGAUAUCUGGAAAGGUCAAGAAGAAGCCUACGAUGUAUCCAUUACGCUAUUGUUGAAGUAUCCAUAUUUUCUUCUCGCUGUAUAGUUUGUACUCCGCGCCGAUCUUUCAGCACAUCGAUCACUGUCUCGAUGUCCUCCGUCCUGUAUCGAGGUGUCGCCCUUGACAGGAUACUUUGGAUGUACUUGAUUAUCAGAUUUACAUUUUGUCUAUUCGUUAGUCGCUGGUACUCCAACAACGUCUGCGCCUGGCAGAAGCCAU